AUGGCGGCAAUCCGCUCCCAGCCCAUGACAGACUUCAUUCCCUGCAAUACGGCCUUGAAUGACAGGAUCCACACGAUCGUAGUCCUCCAGGCGGCUCAGAGGCGCCGGGUCUCCGUGGAACAGAUCUGGCAUGUCGAAGAAGUAGCCGUGGGCCGCCAGCUCGCCCGCAAUCAGUUGGGCGUGGGUGAAAUGGUGACCAAUAUCAUCUGUCAGCACCAGGAUGCCCGCUUUGGGGUGCAAUCAGCCGCAUGGAUCUAG